AUGGGUCUGACAAAAAGAGGAGACAUAGCAAUUGGAAGGCCACAACGGCUCUCUCUCUGCACCAAAAAGAAUUUGGCCAAAACCUCCGCCAAGUGCUGCUCUGCUCACAAUCAAGUUUGGCAGGCAGGCAGGGUAGUAGGAGCUGUGCUGCAACAGGAAGCCUGGAUUGUAGAUAAUGAGAG